CUUGACUCCGACGCCCACCGUCGUGGUCUCAGCUCAGCCUUCAUCCUCAUCUGCAACACUCGUGUCUUUACUUUCGUUACUUUGAAACCGCGCAUUUAACCGAACGGCUCGCAAUAUGAUGGCCACGUCGUCUCGCCAGCCUCGCAGUGUUGCGAGCAAGACGCUGAAGGGUGUCGGGCUUAUCAAGAGGGAUGAGGAUGCGAACAUGCACGACCUCACAAGGGGUGGCCGAAAAAGAGUCACGAAGAAGGCUCCUUUGGGACAUCGCCAACGCUCAGUUGACAUUUACAAGGCCGCUGGAGCUCCAGACUCUCACAAAAUGCUUGCUUCAAGGCUAGCAGCAAAUCUUUCAAAUCCACUUGCCGUACGUGGUGCGGCACUCAAGCCAGCUAACAUGCGCGUUGGACGAGGAGCGGGCCGAUCACAAGUUAAGCCACUAGAUGUGUGGCGGGAAGUCGUGCAGAAAAGAUAUAAUCCCGAAGCGAGAUUCCUAAAUCUUGAACGAUUGGCCGACGAAGAAAUACUCAGAAGGAAUAAUAUUGUUGCACCUGGCAAACCCGGCUCGACGGGCAAGGAGUAUCCCGUCUUGUUCAAACUCGCGUCGCAGCUAAAGCCACCCGUCGAGACGAUUUCACUGGCAAACAACAAUAUCACUAUGGGUACUCAAAUAACCAGCUUGGCCCAUUACAUUCCCGAUCUUCGCAAUCUAUCUCUUCAAGACAAUAAGCUCAGGUCAUGGAGGGACUUAGAUCAGCUUUCAACGAAGAACCGCAAGCUGGCACAGCUCCGAGAAAUAAUUUUUAUCGGAAACCCCUUGCGUGAGACAGAAUUAAGCGCUGGCAGAGCAGAGCAAUAUAAGAGUGGAAUGAUGCGACGAUUCGCAAUGCUCGAAGUGCUGGACCAGGAAGCAUUAACGAAGAUAUCAUUCGUUGACGGACCCGUUGCGUCAUCGUCCAAUUCAGAUCCUCACGGACAGACGGGUCCCGAUUCCUUCGUUCUCAACAUGGCCCCUUCAUUCAUCACUGGUGUUGAAGGCACCGUUAUCAGCAGCUUUUUAUCACGAUUUUUCCCUCUGUUUGAUACGCAACGGACUGCCCUCGCAGAUGUUUAUGACCCAAAUGCGACCUUCUCAUAUUCCGCAUAUACACAAAUUCCUCCGCGGGCUCGUCUUCAAGGUUGGCACACUUCCCCUGCCAUGCCCAAUCAACGUAAACUAGAAUGGGGGCCUUGGUUACACAACCAAUCCGGUGGCUCACGCAAUUUGGCCUUUCUCUCUAACAACACAUCGCACGGGCUUGAACGCGAGUUGCGAAGUCUUCACACCAGUCCAGCGGAGAUCGUUAAAGCAUUGUUGCAUCUUCCUGUCACGCGCCACGACGUAUCUGGUGCUGCUGAGAAGUUCUGCAUUGAUGCAUGGCCUGUCGGACAAGGCUCAGCAAUGAUGUUGUUCCUGUGUGUGCAUGGGGAAUUUGCUGAAGAACCUUCACAAGGCGUUCGUUCGUUCGAUCGGUCAUUUGUACUUGCCCCGUCUCCUGCUGGUUCUAGAGCUGCAGCGAAUGGAUGGACCGUCACAAUUCUCUCCGAUCAGUUAACUGUUCGCCCUUAUUCAAGUCCCGAAGCAUGGAAACCCGGCCCGUUGAAGGUGCAGGGAGUUGAUCACACGAACCCACGUGCUGCUCCGCAGACCCCACAGAAACGACCACAACAGCUGCGAGCAGAUACCCAACGGAAGCUGAUGGAACCGGAAGUGCAAGCUAUGCUUGGCACUAUCCCUGAUUCUCAGCGUCGCCUCGUUGUACAAAUAUCUCAACGUACGGGACUCAACGUGAAGUUUUCGUACGAUUGCUUGGAGAACAACGGAUGGGAUAUUGAUCGGGCAGUCGCUAACUUCGAGCAGGUUAAGGCGACCCUUGGUCGAGAGGCAUAUUUCUAAUUGGACACUCACCCUAUGUAUCAGGACCUGAUCGUAUUUUCUCCCUUUUACUCUCUAUUUCCCUUUUUCUCUACAAUAACCAUCAUCGCAAUUACAACUCAAAUGCAUUUUACUCAACUCUUUUAUCUGUAUUUUUCGUUCGGCAUGGUCAUGAGGCUGCUAUAACCCAGUAUUAUCCUUUAAAAUAUAUCUCAUGUUCUGUUUCCUCAAUUGUCCUGUAGAGUUUUGCCCGAGUUUCUCACCUGCAUUACAAAUGUAUGACAGAAAUU